CGGCUGGGUUAGGCGUCGGGGGCGCGGCCCCGGGGCGGUGCUGGAGUGUUCAGUCCUUGCAGCGGCAGUAGCGGUUUUGCAGUGCCCGCUGCCGCCCUCUACCCGUACGCCUGGUGCUGCGUCCGUCCCCUCGGCGGCUCAUCUGUGUUGGGAUCGUGGCGAUACAACCCGGGGGCUGAGGGGAGCCGACGUUCUCCUACCAUGGGAGAGGCGAGGAGCGGCCACUGAAGGCGCGGCGGCUGGAGGCGGCGGAGCCGGGUGGGUGUUUCGGCACCGGCACCUGGACAAACAUGUAGAUGACGAAGAGGUGCUUUCCCCUUCUGGCUUGUGGUUAAAUCUCUCAGUCACAGACCAGGACAUUUCUCUGAGGAAAUGGAUACGUCUUCCCAAAAAUACUCAGUCAAAAAGCAAGUGAAAAUUCAUCCUAACACAGUAACAGUCAAAUACACUUCUCAUUAUCCCCAGCCAGAAGAAGGGUAUCAGGAUGCUAACGAAGAUACUGGAGUAUUUAUGGACAGUAAUCCUAAGAAAAGACUACUGAGUGAUGGGAAAAAGAGAGAGAGGACCUUUUUUGGUUCAACAGACACCAAGCUUCAGCCAGCACAACUGCUAAAACCCAAUGAGAUUGGGCAUUUUCCUGAAGGAAAUACGCUGCAGUCAAGGAAAAUGUGGGUAGUCCUCUUUGGAUCUGCUGUGGCUCAUGGAUGUGUGGCUCUAAUUACAAGAUUAGUUUCUGAUCGUUCCAAAGUGCCAUCCCUGGAGUUAAUUUUCAUCCGUUCGGUCUUACAGGUGCUGUCCGUUACCGUUGUGUGUUAUCACCACGAGCCUCCCUUUGGCCCCAAAGGCUACAGGCUCCGUCUCUUCUUCUAUGGGGCCUGCAAUGUUAUCUCCAUUACCUGUGCUUAUACCUCCUUCUCUAUAGUCCCCCCCAGCAAUGGGACCAUAAUGUGGAGGGCUACCACUACAGUAUUCAGUGCCAUUUUGGCUUUCUUACUCAUAGAUGAAGGAAUGGCUUACAUAGACAUAAUUACUGUAGUUGGCAGCGUGUUUGGUGUUUGUCUGGUCAUGAUCCCAAACAUUUUUAAGGAGGAAAAUUCUUUGCUGAACACCUGGAAGGAAGCUUUUGGCUAUACCAUGACUGUUAUGGCAGGUUUGACCACUGCUCUUUCCAUGAUCGUCUAUAGGUCAAUCAAAGAUAACAUCAGCAUGUGGACAGCACUAUUCACCUUUAGUUGGACUGGAACAGUGUGGGGAGCAUCCACCAUGUUCUUCCUUCAAGAGCCAAUUGUCCCACUGGAUGGAGAAACCUGGAGCUAUCUCCUUGCCAUCUGCCUGUGCUCCACAGCAGCCUUCCUGGGGGUCUACUAUGCCCUGAGCAAGUUCCACCCUGCUUUGGUCAGCACUGUACAGCACCUGGAGAUAGUUAUUGCAAUGGUGCUGCAGCUCAUUGUGUUGCGGGUCUUCCCAGGUCCUUAUGACCUUGUUGGGGGAGCAGUUAUUUUGGUUAGUGUUUUCUUCCUUGCCUGUUAUAAACUGUCCUGGAAGAAUUUAGGACAAGAUUAUCAGGAGAUUGUGGAUUCUUCCAUUAAAUGAAUUGCAGUUUUGCCAUCUGAUUCAGGCUAUGUGACUACCUGAAAUUGAAGUAUGCCAGCUCUGUGGUGUUCUAUAGCGUAGAAGCCAGGUCCUCUCUACUGUUCAAGUUCACAGCUGAUAUAGCAAUGUUGGGUAUUUCCAGACCUCCAUGACAGUGAAUUCAUUGUAAUGCAUACCAGUGUUUUGUCACACAAGAAAGAAAAGGCUGUUGUUUAUCUCUGCACAUAGGGGGCAUGAGCAGGAGCACGUGCUGGCCCACAGACGUGCAGGCCAGGUUACCUGUCUGUCCUCACCUUCCCUGGAAGUGGCAAUACAGAGACAGAGGGAUUCACCAGUGACUCCUUCCUGUGCAGCGUAGCAGCAGGAAAAUGAAGAGUAAAACCAUUAAAACGUUCAACCAGUGUUCAUAUCCUCUGUAACACUUCUCGUGCUUUGGCUGCAAUGUUCUAAAUGAAGUGAUGCUGAUAUUUCUGUGGUGAAAACAUGCAUUUCCUGUGUGCAUAAAGCCUAAAGCAGUAAAGCUUUUUGUGCUUCACGGUUACAUUUCUGCCUGAAUCAAUGCAAGGAGCCCAGACCUCCUGUGGGGGAAAGAGUGCCCCAAAGUUUGCAUCUCCAGUUUUGCCACAGCUGGGAAAGAAAGUUCCUCAAGGACUCUAAGGUCCAUGAUAGAUGAUUUACUUCUGAAGCAAAGAAAUAUGGAACCACCUCUUUCUGAAGGAGGUUUCAACUGUUAUGCAAGGGAGGGAAAAAACAAAACCACCAAACCAAACAGCAGAAAGGAAAAAGAUUGCACUAGAGAUUGGGGCAGUAACAGUGAACAACCUGGCAAGAA